AUGGCGACGAGAGCAACAGCAACAGCAACAGCGACGAAAUCGGCGGCAACAUCAGCGAGAACGGCAGCAACAGCACCGAGAACGGCAGCGUCGUCGAGAGGAUGGGUGACAAAUCUGCCAUCAAUAGCUUCUCGAAUCUAUUUCUUCCUCAUCAUUCUUCAGGUCCCUCUUUUCAGGAUCCCUUGUAGAUCUGGCAUGUGCUCGACACCAAUUCAUGUCACAUCUUCUCAAUUGAUUGCAAGUGAUAUCUUCCCUGUCCCUGUAGUCAAAGCUCUUCUUUACCCCGGAGCCGUCGUAAACGGACUUGUCAGAAACAUGACUGUUCCGAGCUGGGAUAACCUCUUGGAUGUCUAUAACUUGACCAAUGCUACAGAAGCCCCUGCUGUAACCGAUCUCCAGCGCUUAGAGGUCCUUGCAGGAAGCUAUUUUUCUGUAGCAGGAGCACUCGUGGGCAUUCUAAAACCUGGGAGGAUGAGCAUGUUUGGAACGCUUUUGGUAAUUUGGGGCCUUGUCAAGGAAGGUAUUUUAGGAAAGCCGGCGAAUACAGACCCUUCUAAAGCUGUCUAUGUUUACCCAACGAUUGCGCUUGCUGUGAUCUGUGCAUUCUCAUCUGUAAAGUAUAACGUGAACAAAGUUACCAGAAAACCUCCUCCUCAACCUGUUGCAAAGCCUCUGAAGAGCUCCUCAAAAUCUAAGCUGAAAUGAGCUGAUCACCUUUGGUACGGAAUAGUUUUGCUUGUUUGUCAGGACUUCUCAUUGUUGUUGAGUUCGAAGAUAAAAUUUGUACGUGUUUUUGCGCUAUUAUUUUGCAAGGGUAGUUAGUAGGCUCCCUGAUGUAUUGAUCGGGUAAAAUAGAUUUCGAUGGAGAUGCUUUUUUUAAUCUUUUUGGAAAUGUUGAAGAGAAGGAAUGAAAAAUUUAUGAUAUGAGUUGAUUAUCCAA